GUUUCAAAACGUAUUCUGCUCUCGUACGGUUCGCACCAAGGCUUCCUCUACUCAAGUCAAGAUGUCCGGACGUGGUAAAGGAGGCAAGAUUAAGGGUAAGGCGAAGAGCCGCUCCAACCGAGCCGGAUUGCAAUUUCCCGUGGGUCGUAUCCAUCGAUUGCUCCGGAAGGGAAAUUAUGCCGAGCGCGUAGGUGCCGGUGCUCCGGUAUAUCUGGCCGCCGUGAUGGAGUACCUCGCCGCCGAAGUGUUGGAGUUGGCCGGCAACGCGGCUCGCGAUAACAAGAAGACGAGAAUCAUUCCGAGACACCUGCAACUCGCCAUCCGUAAUGACGAGGAGCUGAACAAGCUGCUGUCGGGCGUCACCAUCGCUCAAGGUGGUGUGCUGCCCAACAUUCAGGCGGUGCUGUUACCGAAGAAGACCGAGAAGAAAACAUAAUCAGCUUAGAUUUGCGGUUGUUGUCUUAUCAUCAGAACUAAUUCGAAUUGCCAAAGUAAUUCGGGUGCAUUGACGCGAUUGAGGUAAGUUUCUAGGGAAGGCGCUGCAAAGGCAACUAAUUCACCAUGAAGUCC